UCUGUCUCGAUACCGUUGUCUCCCGUCUCAAGCUAUUUUACAGAAAUCAAAGGCGACAACUUUCUAAAACCUUAAAACCCACAAAUUCCAAAAUUUUUCGAAGAGGAGAGAGAGAGAGAGAACAUGAAGAGAAGGUCGAGAAAUGUCACCGCCAUGGCCAGAUUUCUGAUGGGUCUUCUUCUUUUGACGAGCUUUGUCGGACGAAUCGCGUCGCUUUCGGUCACGGUGAACGACGUCGAAUGCGUCUACGAGUACGUCCUUUACGAGGGCGACACCGUCUCCGGGAAUUUCGUUGUGGUCGAUCACGAUAUCUUCUGGAACUCCGAUCACCCCGGGAUCGAUCUCACGGUGACGUCCCCCGGUGGCAAUACGGUGCACACUUUGAAGGGAACAUCUGGAGACAAGUUUGAGUUUAAGGCUCCUCAUAGUGGAAUGUACAAAUUCUGUUUUCACAAUCCUUACUCAACCCCAGAGACAGUUUCAUUCUACAUACACGUUGGUCAUAUUCCAAAUGAGCAUGACCUUGCUAAAGAUGAACAUUUGAACCCUAUUAAUGUUAAAAUUGCUGAGUUGAGGGAGGCCUUGGAGUCUGUUACAGCUGAGCAGAAGUAUUUGAAAGCACGUGAUACUCGUCAUCGUCAUACAAAUGAGAGCACAAGGAAGCGUGUGAUUUUCUACACAGUUGGGGAAUAUUUUUUGCUGGCUGCUGUUAGUGCUCUACAGGUUAUAUACAUCCGUCGUCUCUUCAGCAAGUCAGUUGCAUACAACCGUGUUUAAACUCUUUUCUUGAGCAUAAGGAAGAGCCUUUUAGGUGUUUUCGGAUUAUUAUGUCUCGAAUUACCAGAGAUGAUUUGCUAUAUUUAUUUCUUCAUUCCUAACUAUAUCUAGAUUUUCCGAACAUUUAUCGACUUAACAGUAACGGAGUUGCUUGACUUCUAAACACAACAGAUAAAAUAUCAGCUUGAAGCUUUUAUGAAUCUGUUGAUUUUGUGCUUAUUAUGAAGGUCCAUUUAAAAGUGGAAGCCAAUAUAAAUGCAACAAACUUCUGCACAUGCAAUAACCUUAUUCAAUUCUAGCCCAGAUAAAAGGUUAUUUUUUAACUUUUUUUAUAUCGUACGUAUCAUACAUCAUCAAAACAUAGCACAUGAUAUUGGAUAUUGUAUUCAUGU